CGCCUCCCCUCCCGGGCACGCCGAGAGCCGGGCCCCCGCCGCGACUCGCCGCCCGCCGCGCUGACCCCGCGCAUCCCAACCGCGGGCAGGGGGUCACCGGGAGGCCGGGGCGCCCAGAGCCCGGCCCCGCCAGCCGCCGAGCGAGCAGCCCCGCUUAAAUACCUCCGCGCCGCCUCCCCGAGCCGCACAGCUCGCCGGGCGAGGGGCCGACAAGAGCCAGCCGAGCGCCGCCGGAGACCUGCGCGCCCGCGUACCGCCGCCGAGGAGCAGAGAGAGAGGCCGCCCCCAUGCCUGCGCACUUGCUCCAGGAGGAGGAGUUCUCCUCCACUUCCACCACAACCACUGUCGGCACUGUCACCUCCCGGGUGACCAGGAAUGGGGAUGCCGUCAUGGAGAAGGACUUAAUCAAUCAUGAGGACUUGGCAGGAGACCGGGGCAUGAUAGACGAUAUCUUUGAUGAGACCUACCGGGAGAAAGAGGGCCCCAAGCCCCCCAUGCGAUACGUCUGGAGGAAUAUCAUCCUCAUGAGCCUGCUGCAUCUAGGGGCCGUAUUCGGGUUGACGCUGAUACCUUCUGCAAAGAUCCAGACAUUGGCAUGGGCUCUUCUGUGUUUCCUGGUGAGUGCUCUGGGGAUAACAGCUGGAUCUCACCGCCUCUGGAGCCAUCGGUCCUACAAAGCCACGUUGCCCCUGCGGAUCAUCUUGGCUAUUGCAAACUCCAUGGCCUUCCAGAAUGACAUCUAUGAGUGGGCCCGGGACCACCGCGUCCAUCACAAGUUCUCCGAGACAGAUGCAGACCCACACAAUGCCAUGCGGGGCUUCUUCUUCUCCCACAUCGGCUGGCUGCUGGUGCGCAAGCACCCAGAUGUCAUAGAGAAGGGCCAGAAGCUGGACCUGAGUGACCUAAAGGCUGACAAAGUGGUGAUGUUCCAGCGGAGAUACUACAAGCCCUCGGUGGUGUUGCUGUGCUUCACGCUGCCCACUGCCGUGCCCUGGUACUUCUGGGAUGAAUCCCUUGUCAUCAGCUUCUUCAUUCCAGCCAUCCUGCGCUACACUGUGGGGCUCAAUGCCACUUGGCUAGUGAACAGUGCUGCUCACAUGUUUGGCAACCGGCCAUAUGAUCAGCACAUCAACCCACGGGAGAACCCCCUGGUCAGCCUGGGGGCCAUAGGAGAAGGCUUCCACAACUACCACCACACCUUCCCCUAUGACUACUCCACCAGUGAGUUUGGCUGGCGCUUCAACUUGACCACAGCCUUCAUCGACCUCAUGUGCCUCCUGGGGCUGGCCAGCGAUCGCAAGAAGGUCUCCAAGGAGGUCAUCCUGGCUCGGAAAAUGCGGACUGGAGAUGGGAGUCACAAGAGUGGCUGAGUUCCUGCUGUCCUUCACACAUACAUCCACACCUCUCCUUUCUCCUUUUUUCUCCCUUCUUCCCUUCCUGACCCCUCCAAACACGCUGGACAAAGGUUUAAUGUUCUGUUUACUAACUACUGAAUAAUGCUACCAGUUUGCUUAAGAUAAUGAUAAUGAGUUUUAACACACACAUCCCCCCACGCUGUAUUUUACGUGAUGUAUUUAAGAUCUAGGAUUCUGCCUUUGUAACGCAAGGCCACCCCUUUCCCUCUUCUCCUUUUCCUUUCCGUUCUUUCUCUCAUGCUCCUCUACCCCGUCUCCCGCUUUACAUCAUCCCGGUCUCUCCCUGGCAGAGGAGCUGGUAGGAAGCAGCCAAGGGAAGCCUGUACCAGCCAGCUGAAGAGUUGAGCCAAAGUCAGUGACCCUCUCCCCACCACCUUCCCCCCAAAAUUGCUUCCUCUGUCCCUCCUCCUUUCUCAAGGGCUGCUGAUAGACGUGGCAUGGCUAAACUGCUCUCCCUGGGAAAAGCAGCCACAUCCCCUUCCCUUGCCAUCGGAAAGAGAGUUGUCUCUUUCCAAGAUGUCUCUUGGGAAGUGUUCUCCCUGGCUGUCCACCACACAGCCUCUCUGGCUGGGAAGAGGAGAGCCCCCAGACUCUCUCAGAGCCCCAGCCAGGUCCACCGGUGGCUGGGGGGGUCUGGUGGCUCCAGCGGGCACUGGUGGGGGAACCUUGGUGGCCUUAUUACCUCCUCCCUCUGGUGUCACAGCCUCCCUCCCUGCAAUGCCCGCUGUGCCCCAUGCCACCAGGGACUGAAGGCUCCGGGCUCCGCAGCCCCUGUGGAGAGCCACAGCGAGGAGGGGGACAGAUGGGGUGUGCCACUGGCUGCUGUGGGGCGGCACCAGCCUGGGGUGGUUUUGUUUGCUGCCGCCGCUGAGAUUUUUGCCAGCAAAUGGGACUUUGCCAAAAUGUAGAGGGGGAGAAGGAUGUAAACCAAAGCUCCACCGCUGAGUUAAGUUGCUUUACAUGCUGGAGAAACAGGGUCCCCGCUGGGUGGCAGGCAGAUGUCCUGGUGUCUGUGCCUGCCCUGCAGAUCUGCAUCCUCUGCUGAGCGCAGGGAUGGAGCAAGGGAGCGUCUGCAGGCUUAGAGAGGGAUGAGGGUGUCAGGGGCUCCGCUCGGUCAAUUAACAAGUGCCUGAGAAACACCGACACAGGGCCAGGCAGCAUGAGGAGCUCAAGGAAGUCGAGACCUCAGAGGCGAGACACUGCUGCCAGCGUGGGACACCUUGGGCCUUUCCUGCCUAGGGUCCACCGGGGUGAUUUGCCAUUCCCCGCUCCUCUGAGGGAGCGGGAAGGGGAGGCGAAAGCAGCUCCUCUUUAGUCCCUUAGCUGGCCCCUCGGUGAGGCAUCUCACCACCUCGCUCCGUCGCCGGCGAAGCAGGCAGCGAGGGUGGCUGAGCCUGCAGAAAGGUCAGUUAUAUCACCGAGCCGAUGCAGGCACGCAGCUGGAGGGUGUGCUGGGGGAAAAAAAAGUCCCUGUGGGUGUUGUUUCCUGCAAGUUACAGAGACCACAGCUUGAGUUCAGGCGAUGGGUUAGGUUCUGGGCAUCAUGGCCUCGAGCCCCUCACUGGGCUGAACGUGCUUUUUUGUUUCCCCCUUAACUCUCCCCAUUAUGAUUAAUUUUUUUUUUAUUAUUAUUAUUAGUUGUAGCAAUAGUAUUGGUUUUGUUGCUUAAAUGCAUCAAAUGGAGCUGGAGGAAAGCACAAGAGGUGGCCAAAACAAGGUGAAACAUCACCUCGAGUGAUGUUUGAGUGGGGUUUGCAGCAUCUCCCGUAUUCAGGCAGGCCAGGGAGGGCAGAGAGGGAGCGGAUGCCAACUUCCUCACUUCGGCUCUGCCACGUAGCAGCCAGGCAAGCUUCACGGGAGCGAGUCUCUGCAGCUUUGCUUUCUCCUGCUGCUGUGAAACUCGCCAGGAGCCAGGACAGCUCUGUGAUGCUCUUCUUAACAAGAGCACGCUUGUUACUCAGAAAAGAAGUCCUUCUCCUCGCCUUUCCCCUUCCUGCCACCACCACGGCCUUGUUAUUGCUCAGCAAUGGGACCCUUCGAGGUUUUGAGCCGUCAGGAGCGAUGUGGUCUCCAGCCGAAAGGUACAACAGGGAUGAAUGGAACAGGGAGCCCUUCAGCUCCCGGUGUCAGGAGACAGCAUCCUUACUGCUCCAAGACUCAUGACUGCCUGGGGGCCGGCUGGGGAAAAGGGGGAGAAGGCGAGGAGAAGGAUUUCCUUGCUCCUGGUGCCCUUAGCGUGUUGUGUGACAUACCCUACAGUAGAGAAGCGUGCCGUGACAUACUGCAAUAUUUCACACCCUCUCAGCAGAGAAGCAGGGUUUGACAUCCAGGGUUCCUUUAAAAUUUCAAGUGCUGAUUUGGGUCCAGAAUCUGGAAUUAUGGUGGAAGCUGAGGAGCAGUAACCAAACAGUCCUGGUGUUUGCCCAGUCACUUUAAAGGUAGAUUGGCAAAUAUCUCUGGGUGCCUUAAAUCUUUCUUUAAUAUACAUAGGAGUAUUGACAGCUAUUUGCCGUAUUUUUUUUUUCUUUUGUUUUUUUUUUUUUGCUCAAUUAUGAACAUUUGAGGGGUUUCUUAAUUAUUUAAUUGCCUACACUGAACUGUGGGUGCAGGUGAUUUUGAAUGUAUUUGAGUUAGAAUUUUUGUUAGAUUAAGAAACAGUUACAACACUUUAAGUAGAACUUUGUUUGAGAGAGAUAUAUAUAUAUACCUAUAAAUAUAUAUAUAUAUUUUUGGUGGCAUGUUUGUAUCUUGGACGCGUUGUCUGUAUGUCUAGCUUAAACGAGUCUGUGAGAGGUGGAAGCAGAGAAGGCAGCAGUGGGACCUCGUGGCUGGAGCAGCCAUUCUCCUGGGACCUGUUCCCGGCUUAGCUACUCGCUCACUGCGUGAUUUGGGACAAAGUCACUUAAAAAAAAAAAAAAAACACAAAAAAACUCUCCGUGCCUCAGUUUCCCUACCUGUAACAGGGGUUACGCCCUGCCUCCCAGGGGUGUGCUGAGGCUUGCUGCCGAGCGCCGAGGAGGGAGGCGUCCAUACCACACGCACACCGCUGCUGGCAGAAGCAUGGACUGGUUUGUUUUCCAAAACCAUUCCCAGCCCCGCUGGUAUUGUGAAGAGCAGAUGUCCAAGUGUUGGGUGUUCAGGGAAGGACUGGAAAGUUGAAUCUGCACAUUGUCUAAGCUCUGUCACUGUUGAAAUGUGAGUAGGAUACGAUUUUUCACAGCUUAGGGAUUUCUGCAUAGUAGUAUCUCUGUUUUGUGUACUGGAAAAGAAAAAAAAAAAAACCUUUUUGAAAUAAUUUCUACUAAUAUGGAAACAGACAUCUGGUUAUGCUGAUCUGAAAUUUUAUUUGUUCAUAAUAAAAAUGUUACU